AUGAAUUUAACGAGUAUAUUAAUUGAAUCUUGGUUUAUUCCCAUAGAAAUUGUGAAAAGUAUUGGUACUCUUCUAACUAUUAUAGUAUGUACUUUUUUCUUAUGUAUUAUUUUAUUCGAUAAAACAUGUCAUACAGUUCCAUUUAUGUUAACAGCCAAUACAUGUUUUAGUACAUUGCUCUUUGCUUGUACUCUAUUCAGUAUAAGUAUAGUCACAAUUCAGAAUGAUCUUAAACAAAUUGUUGUUCAAGAUUCAUUCUGUGUUAUUCAAUGUUAUACUAGUUAUACAUUUGGUUUUUGGCUCAAUUAUUCUUUUUCAAUCGAAGCUUUCUAUCGAUAUUUGAUUGUGAUUUAUCCUACUCGAUUAUUUUAUCAAUCAAUAAAAUUUCAAAGAAUAGUUAUUUGUCUGACAUGGAUAUUAGGUAUAAUCUAUCCACUUGUAUUUCUCUUUACUAAUAAUAUAGUUUAUGAUAUUGACAAUCAAUUAUGUCAAGUUCCACUUCGAAUUUCUUUCUCAAUUAUCUAUUCUGCAUUAUUUAAUUAUCUUAUUCCAUUAUCAAUGACAAUGUUUAUUUAUUUUCGAUUAGUUCAAAAUGUGAAAGAGAUGAGUAAACGAGUAACAUCAACAUAUAUAUUAUCUCGUGCACAACGAGAAUUAAAAAUGGUUCAACAGACAAUCUUUAUUAUGAUAUUCUUAGUUUUUCUUGGCAUUCCCUAUACAAUAUUUAUUCUUAUGUCAUUUUUUAACGAUGUACCUAAAUAUCAUUUUCGAGUUGCUUAUAUAUUUAUCGAUACUUCAUUGAUAUUAAUGAUGAUGAUUUUAUUUCAAUUUAAUACACCAUUAAAAUCAACUACAAUGAAAAGAAUCAACCCACAAACAAAUGUAGUUCUGGCUAUGACAAUACAAAAUUAA